AUGUUAACAGGACAUCACCAUGGAGGUAUAGGAGCGGUAAUAGCGGGUGGAGCGGCUAUGGCGGCUGCAGCAGCUGGUGCUCACCACAUGUCUCACCACGGACACUAUGGUCACCAUCACGGUCACGGCUAUGGAUAUGGCUAUCAUGGUCACGGUAAGUUCAAACACGGCAAGUUCAAGCACGGCAAGUUCGGAAAACGCUGGAAACAUGGCAUGUUUGGGAAGCACAAGGGGAAAUUCUUCAAGAAAUGGAAGUGA